AUGCACCGCUCGAUGAGCAGCGUUGCUGCUGUGACGAGAGCGCUCUGUUUCUGGCUUCUGGCCAUCUUAGCGAGGGCUUCCGGGCCCCUCGACCUUUGGGUUCUCUGGACAGAUCGUGAUGGGGCAGACUUCUUUUUCACUUCCAGCACUUGCGCAACUGUUACUCUGCCCGAUGUGAGCAUUGCUGGGAACGAGCCGGCCCCGCCGCCAGCGAAUGGCGGGAUUAGUGACAUGCUGUUCUUCGCGGACACGUUCGAGUUCGUUUUUCUGGAGGGUGGCAAACUGGUCCGGGCCUGGAUGGACAAGACGGGCCGAUCAGAACUCGGGUUUUUGCCGGGGGACGCUGCUGGGCCCGUGUGGAAUGCAACGGGGACCGGGCCCAACCUCGGCGAGGAGGGAGCCCUGGCUUGGACCCAGGAUGCUGGCAUGGCCAUGGUCUUCUUCGCCUCCUCCUUGACAAACAAACUCUGGUUCUCAAACCUGAGCUCCGUGCCGCCGCGAGACUCUUCCCACUUAGGCCCCUGGAUGGAGGUGCUUAGCCAGGGUAGCCAGGGUAGCCAGGCCACAAGCGCCAGGCCUCAAGUGCCAGUGUUGUUGGCCAGGGACGGUAUGGUACUCUGGAGCGACAACCUGGUGCUGAGAACUUGGAGGGCCGUGGAUGCCUUGGAGACCGCGGCAGUCGGUGGCCAGUCCGGUUCGGCUGUGGCCCAGCUUGGUGUUGGUGCGGAUGCAUGGGGCGAGCUGUUGGUGGCAGAAGCAACGCACGAUGGAGGCCUGCUUUGGAUUCGACAGGUGGGCAGCAGCCCACCGCAACUUGAGUAUGUGCUGCAGCUUGAAUCUUUGAUCGAUGGGCCCAAUGCAAACGCGGCCAGUGGAAAUGUGCGCUUGCUCCAUGAAUUCUCAGAGGGCGACGUGCCUUCUGCCAUGGCGGUAUACUUUUCCAUCCUAGGGCCGGCAAUGCAAGCUCGUCUCGACCACUUGGAUCUUGGCACCGGUGUGGUCAGGACGGUUGCCUUCGCCGGAGGGAUCGAGCGGCGUGGAGCUGACCCAGCCCGUCCUGGGGCACUGAGUAUCUAUCCCAUGCCGGAAGUCUGCGUCAAUGUCGGCUGCCUCUACCUCGAGAGUGCUUUCAGCCACUGCGAGAAGUGCACCUCGACAGUUUGCGACACCUGCUUCCUGGACACACAGGACUGGCUGAUCAAAGAGUGGUAUCCUCAGCACACGAUUUGGACGAGCUGCGUCUGGCUCUGGCCCAUCGAUCAGGCCUUGGCCUUGGAUGAAAGCCGCCUGGGUGGUCCGGACGCAGGUGCAGCAGGCGAAGGCCGAUCAAAGAGAACUGACACGGAGAGGAGUUGCCACCAACACCAGGUGAAUCAACGCCGCCAGGGACCACAGCGCGGCUCGCUCGACGACUACAGCGACAAGUCUAACGGCGACCACACACACGAUGACAACAACCAGCAGUUCAGCGACGGGCACUACGACCAAUCCGUGUGCAGCAGAGACGCUCUAGAUACUUGCCGAGCUCAAAUUGCUUCGUGGUGCCAGGCGGAGCCAGGAGUUCCAGACAUGCGGGGCUCUGAGAUGGUGGAGCUGCAGCUCUGCACGGUUUCUGCGAUGACCUUGGCUCCGCCGGAUCUCCGAGCUCAGUGUGCAGGCUUCGCCUGGUCCGCAGAGGCGCUGUGUUCCGAGCCUGCUGCUGUGGGAGACGGGGAUGGGACACUGAUCGGAGAUGGUGCGGCAUUCGAUGGCUGCACGGCCUGCACGGAACUCUGGGGCCUCGCUCUCCUGGCAGGCUUGGGCUUGCUCCUCACGGUCAUGGUCUGCAUCACUUGGUGCCUGACCACCUCCAGGCGAUUACAGGCCCAGCGUGCGGACCAAGAUCUGCGAGCCGCCGCGCAAGUGCGACGCGCUGGCUCCGCCGAUGAAGGCCUCAACGCGGACAUGGGCAUCUCAGCGCCGGAUUCGACAGCCCCCGACUGGCCGGCUUCUAGACAGCCGAGCUGGAAGUCCUGCUCAAGGCGCCUGCGCUGCCCUUGCUGCAGAAGCCAUGCAUCGAAAGCCACCUCGCAGGUGAAGCCCUCGCCACCCCGGCCCAGCAGCCGGGAGUUCGAGGAAGAGGACAGGCCUGAGAGUGCAAUGAGCAGCACUGGAGCAGUCCCCGGUGCCGACAACAUUCAGGCCAGCGUUCCUGUGGAGCAGAUCUUGAAGGGGACCUGGCAGCCCGAGCUCAGCUCUGCGGGUGCCGCAGCAGCAGCUGGGCGAUUGAGUGAAGCCAUGCGGAAGUUCAUGAGCCCCGACUCCGACGAGGCGAAGCGCUGGCGAUUCCUAGACGAUGUCGAGGACAUCCUCCGGACCUUGGGUAGCGCUCUGCCCGCCGGGGUUCGCAAUGCCGCUUGGGCUUGGCACAGCCGACAGAGUGCCCGACUCCACCGCAGUCACGCGUUGACAGCAGCGUUGGACGAGGCGCGUUCGAUGGCCGAUGAUUUUCGCGAGGAUCUUUCGGAGCGCCUGGCCUCCGGGGUGCGACGCCUCGAAGCCUCGGCACUGCUGGAGGCGGUCGGAGGAGCCGGCAAAGAAGGUCAGGGUGAUGAACGUGCACCUCUUUCGGUCGCAGAAAGGGAGAGUCUGGCAAAGGCAUCCAAAGUCGAAGAUGCCCUGGAGCAGUUGAAAACCAGGAUGGAGAGCUUGAGCGGGAGUUCCACCGGCGUGAAGGGUGAUCUGCUGCAUGCCGGACACCUGCUGGACUGCCAGCAAGCGCUUCAGCGGCUGCUCGAGGAGCAGGAGUCGGCCGAGAGGCUUCUACGCGAGCAGGCUGGCGACGGCGACGCGCUGCUGCCAGGUGGCGCUGCUGAGCAGAUGUGGCAACAACUUGGUCAGGACAUCCGAGCGUUGCAAGAGGCCCGUCUGCUGCAUGUUGCACGCUUGCCGGUGCAGACAAUUGUGCUAGAAGACGUACGUGCGUCUUCGCGUUCAGCUGCUUCAAACCCGAAGUGCCUCGGCUUUCAGCUGUCCUUGAUGGGGAGCAGAUGGUUAGAUCCAUCCAGCCGCCGUGAUGGCAGAGAUCCGAAGUGUGCGCUUGUCCAGGCCGCCUCGAAAUCGUGGCUCCAAGGUUUGAAGCAGGCAGCGGCUCGAGCAGCGGGGUUUGCGGCUGCUCUGCGCACGGCACGCAUGCAGAAGGACAAGAAGCAACUCGACGAGAUGCAAUCCCUGCUUCAGAAGGAGUUGCAGUCCUUCGCUGAGGCUGAGAGGGUGGCGCGCGAGGGAGGACGUUGGACCGGUCAGCAGUCAGAUGCAUGGAGGCAGCUCGAUGGUGUCUGGUCGGAGCUCAAGGAGGAAUUGAAGGCGCUGCCGAAGAACGCUAGGCCUGUGAUAACAUGGCUGCUGCGGACGACCAAGAGAAGGAGUGGGUCAAUCUGUCGGCCUCUUGUCGUUGACGUUGACGCUAUCGGCUUCAGCUGCAACGAGAUGCGUGGCGCAGAGCAGCUGGUGGAGUGCAGGAUGCUGCCGCCUAAGCGCAGCGACACCCGAUCGCUCGAUGCAGAGGAGCUGGCGGCUGCCGGCCCAGCGGCCCAGGCAUCCUCCUCGCAGCUGAACACGCUGCGUGCAGAGCUGGAGGUGAGGUGUCUGCAAGAAAAGCUGGGAGAUCAGAAGCUUCGCGACAAAGUGCAGCAGCUGCCCAACGGAACUGGACACGGCAAGGAUCCAGAAUCCCCGGAGGAGCGGCUCCUGAUGGCCGGUUUGAUGGAGUUGCAUCGGCAGGCGGAGCAGAAAGGCCUCGCCAACCUGGCUGAUUCGGCAGGUGGCGGAGAUGGCGCCCGGAUACAGCAGACUCUGGGCAACCUCUGGCAGCAGCUGAAAGGUGAGCUGGAGAUUCUGGGUCCCGAACCACAGUCUUGGAGUUCAAUGUCGUCUCCGGGGACGGCCCUGGAAGGCAGCGAGGACAGGCAGCUCCUGGCAGAAGCCACCGCAGCUUUGCAGGAGCACCUAGAUUUUGAGGAGAAGCACGUGCAACAGAAGCGCCAACAGUUGGAGGAGGAGUUGGACGAAAAGAUUCCUGCAAAGUUUGCAAAGGGUGAGAAGGAAAGGGAUUGCAGAAAUCCAUCUCCAUCAGAUACCAUCAAGCUCAACGUCGGUGGAGACACCAGCUUUACGACAAGGCGAGACACGCUCACAGCCAUUCCGGGCUCGCGCUUGGCUCUGCUGUUUUCUGGUCGCUGGGAUAGGUCCCUGCGAAGGGACGAGAAUGGCCGUGUGUUUGUGGAUGUAGAUCCUGUCCAGUUCAGGGCUUUGCUCGCGUGGUUGGUGGACCUGAAGCGAAUUGAGCCAGACGCGCCUUCGCCAUCCCCCCCUGUUGACUCCCUUCCACGGCACUGUCGCGCCGGCUUCCUAUCUUUGUGCAGCUAUCUAUGCUGCCGGGAUGUCUGCAUCACGCAGAAGCACAUCUCAGAGGUUAAAAGUGAUGAGUCACUUCGAAGCGUUUCCAGGUCGCCCAACGAACUCAGAGAGAGCACAUUGGUUUCCUGCGAUCACGCCAAGCAAUUAAAUGCUUGGCUGAAGGAAGCAAGCCGUGUCGCCGUGGAGCCUUCUCUCAAGCUCCUGUUUCAUGCGUCGCGGGAUGGCUUCAGCAUGCAGGGCUGCCACCAGAAGUGCGACGGCCACGGCCCCACAGUGGUGGUGGCCCGAAGUGCUGGAGGCCACCUCUUUGGAGGCUACGCGGAAACGGCCUGGGACUGCUCCAACACGUACAAAGCCUGCCAAGAAUCCUUCCUCUUCCGCUUGGCAGGCCCAGGAAGAAUCCAGCCGUCCAAGCACCGCAUCUUCCAAAGCCACCAGCAUGGCAUCCAUUGUCAUGCGGAUGGUUUACGGUUUGGGGGUGGCCAUGACAUGCAGAUCUAUGCAGAAGGUGCCGCCGGCAAAGUGCAGUUCAACAUCGGCCACACGUACAACAAGACCAGCCCCCAGGGCACCUUCACACACCUGGCCGAAAGCCAGCAGGCGGUAGUCACCGACUUCGAAGUCUUCCAAGUCUGCGAGCACGUGGAUUUGCGAGCAGCCGCACAAAGCCUCCGAUCCCAUGCAGAGCUUUUGAAGUCACAGCUGGAGCAGUCAGAACAGGACUUGCUUGAGAAAGCCUUGACGGUGUGCACUGCAGCACUGAACCAGGGCAGCGGCUUAUUGGCUGCCAGAGACAGCUUAAGCUCUUGGUGUGAUGCCCUUGAUGAGGAAGCUCAAUUCUUGUCUCAGUUCAUGGGCACAUCUGCUGAAAUAGUUCGCCUCAAUGUCGGUGGGCAGCUCCUAGAGACACUGCAUUCAACCGUCACAUUCGUCAGCGACUCCACGCUAGCAAGCAAGUUUGCCGAGAACUGGACACUGCAAGACGAGGAAGUCGUGGAGGGUGGUAUCUUCUGCGACGAAGACCCCGACUUGUUUCAGGUUGUUCUCCUGCACCUGCGACUGGGUAGCCCAUGGCAGCGACUGCUGAAGUACUUGAACCUGCAGGCUGCGAUCAAAGAGUGCUGGGAUUCCGAGCUGCUGAGUGAUGAGGGUGACCAGCUGCUGUCCAUGCUCCAAGAAGCGGGGCCAAGCCCUGACCGUCAAGUCACUCUCAAGCUCCUGUUUCGCGCGUCGCGGGAUGGCUUCAACAUGCAGGGCUGCCACCAGAAGUGUGACGCCCAAGGCCCCACGGUGGUGGUGGCCCGAAGUGCUGGAGGCCACCUCUUUGGAGGCUACACGGAAACGGCCUGGGACAGCUCCAACACCUACAAAGCCUGCCAAGAAUCCUUCCUCUUCCGCUUGGCAGGCCCAGGAAACAUUCAGCCGUCGAAGCACCGCAUCUUCCAGAACCACCAGAAUGGCAUCCAUUGCAAUGCGACUCAUUUACGGUUUGGAGGUGGCGCGGACAUGCAGAUCUAUGCAGAAGGUGCGGCCGGCAAAGUGCAUUUCAACAACCUCGGCCACACGUACAACCCGACCAGCUCCCAGGGCACCUUCACGUACCUGGCCGAAGGCCAGCAGGCGGUAGUCACCGACUUCGAGGUUUUCGCGGUCGUGAGGGAGUGA